UCUGGCUGUAUGGUGACAGAGGAAGGCUGUUGUUUUCUGGCUUCAUCUCUGAGUUCAAACCCCUCACACCUGAGAGAGCUGGAUCUGAGCUAUAAUCACCCAGGACAAUCAUUAGUCAAGCUGCUUUCUGAUCUAAACUACAGACUGGAGAAACUCAAUUUGGAUCAUGGAGGAGAGUUCAGGAUUGCAGCAGGACUACACAAAUAUGCUUGUGAUCUCACACUGGAUCCAAACACAGCAAGCCCUUUCCUUAUUCUGUCUGAGGCGAACAGAAAGGUGACAUUUGUGAAUGAGCGUCAGUCAUAUCCUGAUCAUCCAGAGAGAUUUAAAUAUGAAUCUCGUCAGGUUCUGUGUAGAGAGAGUUUGUCUAAAUGCUGUUACUCGGAGGUUGAAUGGAGAGGAAUUGGUGCUGUUAUAUCAGUGACAUAUAAUCGAAUCUGCAGGAAAGGACAGAGUACUGACAGUUGGUUUGGACGCAAUAAACACUCUUGGUGUUUAAUCUGUGCUAAGAACACGAUCUCUAUCUGUCACAUUUAUAUGGAUACUCACAUAACUGUCCCUUCACACUCCUAUAAGAGAAUAGGAGUAUAUCUGGACUGGGCGGCCGGCACUUUGUCCUUCUACACAGUCUCAGAUACACACAAACUCAAACACUUACACACAUUCAACAGCACAUUCACUGAACCCCUCUAUGCUGGAUUCGGUUUUAUGGCUAAUGAAUAUAACUCCUCAGUGUCUCUGUGUCAAAUUUAAAAGCAUGUGAGCAGCAACAGAGACAUCACACACUCCUGACUUAAAGAAAUGCUUUCUUUCUAUAUGUGUUUUAUAUACUUUAACAUUCAUAUUAUACACUAAAGUGAAUGUGUAGACUUUUUUAGCGUAAAACUGGUGUGAUUUAUGUGGUAUAAUGCCACACUCUUAAUGUCUUUUACAGGUUCAUUUUUCUCUAAAAUGCAUCAUUUAGAACUGACUCAGUUAAGUUUAAUUUACUUAGAAUAUUAAG